CUGGACCACCAGAAGAGCAACUUUCAGCAUGCACUUAUACCUUACAAAGAGGAACAUUUAAAGGAUCUCCAUGACGAAAAGAGCCGGAGCUAUUUGUAUUGUCUUUCUGCAGAAAACAGUCGAUACAGCUCCAGGUGUGGAGACUCCUGUUCAGCUGGACUGCAGAGCAAGUAUGUCACCAGUCAGACCAAGAUUCUGCCAGCUAAAUCAGUAGCCUGUCGGAAAGCAGGAGUGGACCGUGCAUAUCCCCUGAAACCAAUUUCUCACCACCAGAGUGUGAGUGUUCAAGAGUUCAACACAGCACAGGUUGGAAGUUCCCCAUACAUGGAGGAAGCUCCAAAUAAUAGGCCUAGCUCAGUAAGCAAAGAGAAGCCUCCAGCAGGGAGGUCUCAGCUAGCUGCAGGGCUCUCCCCUUGGACAGCAGAGCCUAAACAGUCAGCCUCCGAUGUUUACAGGAGAGAGCUGGCCUACAUCCUAAAGCUGGAGGCAGAUGGACGGAACCUGGAACAGGAAAUUCGAAAGAAAGAGGCCCUCCUCAUAGAGAAGCUGAUGAGAACAAAGGAGGAGCUUAGGAGGAUUCAAAGAGAGAAGGAGCUUGUCAAGGCAGAGGAGAAAAGAAACAGACAAGUGGAGAGAAUCCAUGAGCAAAAGGCCACAAGGCACACUGAAGAGAAAUCUUUCACGGUUGCAGUCCGGCCAGGUGAUGGGGUCUCCGGUGGGGUGCAGUCUGCAGAGGCCACUAUCCCCAAGCCUGGCACCACUCUCCACCCCCGAGAGCUGGAUAUGAGGAAACUCAAGAAGGAGCAGCUGGUGGCCAGCAACGGCAAAAUUCGAGACCGCGUACCCAUGGAACUCUUAGCCUCUUGUUCAAAGCUGGCCCCAAAAUGUAGCCCUUCUCCCUCUGCCCUCUCAGACCGAGAUUCUGGUGACCACCCAUCCGCAGAGGUGCUGUACACGCAGGCUGCUAGUGCUGCACAGCAGGAGGAGCUCGGACAGUGCAGCUUCUGCGGACGUAAGUUUCUCUGCACCAGGCUUGAGAAGCACUCGAGAAUCUGUAGCAAGAGUCAAGGCUCCAAGAGGAAAGUGUUUGAUUCCAGCAAGGCCAGAGCUAGGGGCACAGGACUGGAAGAGUAUCAGCAGUGGAAGAGCUCAGAGAUGCCUCAGAAUAAGCGACCCAGAAAGAACAACUGGAGACAGAAGCACGAGAUUUUAAUCCAGACUCUGCGCCAGGCCCGCCAGAUGCAGCAAGUCCUCUCCAAGGGACGGAAGGUGUCUGACCUGCCCCCGUUGCCUCCCAUUGAAAACCCAGACUACGUUGCCUGCCCCUACUGCGGACGUCGAUUUGCUCCUCAAGCAGCUGAGAGACAUAUUCCCAAAUGCAAAACCAUCAAGAGCAGGCCCCCACCCCCACCACAGAGGAGACACUGCUGA